AUGGCGACUUCAAUUGCCAUAAACGGAGGAUCUUCAUCUCCAACAACUACGGAACAAUCAGUUAAUGAUAGCGAUGUUAGUGAAGACAGUGAAACUUGUUGUCAAAAUGAUAAAUCAACGACAACUUCGAAAAACACAAAAAAACAAAGUGUAAAACCGUAUAAAAAUGCCAAGAAUGAAAGUAAUCAAACAAACAGUUACGCUGGGAACAAAAACACUGCUGAAGGAUUGAUGGACAUAGCACUACUAUCAGCCAAUGCCAAUCAAUUGCGAUUUUUAAUAACAUACAAUCAUGACGCUUCGACCUACUAUAUUAGCAUUACUUUAGUGGCAUUAUCGCUGCUAAUGCAAAUAUUGGUUGGAAUAGCCUUAAUAUUUAAGCGUCGUUUUCGUACAUGCCGUAGUAAACGUUAUAAUGAAUUAAUAUUGGGUGGUGUCUUUAUAAUAACAGUGGUGAAUAUAUUGCUGGCAGCUUUUACUACUACUGAUGUUAAAUGAACUAAGAAUGCAUUCUUAGUUCAUGCUCUUUCUUGUAUAUCCAAAGUUGUUGAGUUAUUAACUCUUCAUAAAAAUUUAAAUUUAAAAUCUGUUUGUAGAAAACCAUGUUUUGAUUUAUUUUUUCAAAUAAAAAAUAUUUUGAAAAUGUA